CGUGAUGCUCACCAAAUGCACCUAAAAAUUAAACUGUCACAACAUCAUCCACGCUGCUAUAUAUAUAUUGUUACUGCUUUAUAUUAUAUCUUUAUCUUUAUCUUGAAACAAACACAUUACUAGACUCCAUUAUAACUAUCUUCAUUCUGCACCCUUCUGUUUAGCCAAAAUUCUGAGAGUUUAGUGACUCAUGGCUGCUACUAUGAUCAAGUUAUUAUUUUACCUUGCCAUUUUGGUUAUCUUGCUUACCAAUUCAAAGGGUGUGAGUUCAAGUUCAACUAGUGAGCCUACAAUUUCAGCUUCUCCUGGUGUUUUGCCUUAUGUGACUGCCCCAGAUAUUUCCUCAUUUUUCCCCACUCCAAGAGCCAAUCAACCAAUGAGUUCUGGUGCUCCUUUUGAGGCCGAGGCACCAGCACCGGCACCCAGUUCAGGAGAGUUUGAGGGCAAGAAGUCUUCUGCUUCAGCUAGGUUGAAUUGUGCAGGUGCCAUUGUUGGUGUUCUACUAUGUUGUGCCUUCUUAAGUAGCAUAGUUGUUGUUUGAGCAUGUACCAUGGUACUUGUCUUAAAGGGGUUGUGAAUUUCAUCCACUAGAGCAUAGAGCAUAGUGUUCUUCUUUUCUAUUAGUCCAUGUUCAGUGAUUUCUUUGUUGCUUGCUUAAUUAAUAUACGUGAUGGCUUACUUAUGCCGAAUUCAGCAAAUCUCGUUUGUAUUCGUAA